AUGGGAAGGCAACCAUGCUGUGAUAAAGUUGGACUAAAGAAGGGGCCAUGGACUGCUGAGGAAGACGAAAAACUCAUCAAUUUCAUUCUCACCAAUGGCCAAUGCUGCUGGAGAGCUCUCCCAAAACUUGCAGGACUGUUGAGGUGUGGAAAGAGCUGCAGACUGAGAUGGACAAACUAUCUUAGGCCAGACUUAAAGAGGGGACUUCUAUCAGAAUUUGAAGAGAAAAUGGUCAUUGAUCUCCAUGCUGAGCUUGGAAAUAGAUGGUCCAAGAUUGCUUCACACCUUCCCGGAAGAACUGAUAAUGAGAUCAAGAAUCACUGGAACACCCACAUCAAGAAAAAGCUAAAGAAAAUGGGGAUUGAUCCUCUCAACCAUAAGCCACUGCCUAUGAUCACCGCGGAAAAACCGCCACAAAAUCACCAAACAAGACAAGAACCACCACCAGAGAAGGAGGCCGCCGUCAUGGCUGAGACCUCGUUGCAGUCAACUGUUACAGAAGCUAAACACGAAGACAAAAUCCCAUUUGAUAAUUCAAUGGAAGUGGACUAUAACUUUUGCAUUGAUGAAGUCCCUAUCAUUGAAACCCAUGAAAUUCUCGUUCCUUUUGUAAAUUUAUCAACUCCAACAUCUUCUUCUACUUCGACUCCUUAUGAUGUUGAAUCGUCAAAUAUUCUUGAAGAUUUUCAUUUUUUACCAACUUUAGACUGGGAAUAUGAUCAUAGUAACACAAUGAGUAUCUGGGAUUUCUUGACCAAUGAUGACAGUGAAAGGAAUGCAAGUAUUGAAGCUCUUGUAACGUGA